UGAAAUCUUUAAAAAAGAAAAAAAGAAAAAAAAAAGAAAACCAUCGGGGGUGCGGGGCGGUGCCUGGGUGGCUCAGUCAUUGAGCGUCUACUUUCGGCUCAAGUCCUGAUCCCGGGGUCCUGGGAUCGAGCCCUGCGUUAGACUCCCUGCUCCACGGGAAGCCUGCUUCCCCCUCUCCCAUUCCCCCUGCUUGUGUUCCCUCUCUCGCUGUCUCUCCCUCUCUGUCAAAUAAAUAAAUAAAUAAAAUAGUAUAACCAUGCUAUUAAAAAAAAAAAAGAAGAACACACUGGUGUGUAGGAAGGCUAGGAAGCCACAGGAGACACGCGUUCACAGCCCAGGAGUUCAGCUUCAAGGCUAUGGGGGGCGUCCUGGGCCCGGGGACCGCGGGGGGCCGUCCCGUCCUGGGAGCUGGCUGGGCUCUACCAUCUGUUCUGGGCGGCAUGUCGGGGUUUCCGUAGCACUACACGCGUGCCUUUGUGUGUCUGAUGUAUCAGCCACAGAGAAGCAGAAGCGAGAAUCUGGGGGCAGCCGUCAGGAUGGGAGUUCAGCGUGGCCGGGCAGGGGAGGCGAAGGUGGGCCCCCGAGGGAGAGACCCGAAGGCUGGGAGGGGCCCUGACAGCCCCCUGCGCCCUGGCCCCGGCCUGCACGCUGUCACUCGCCGGCCCCGGUGUCUGAGUUCCCGUCACUGAGUCCCCUUCCUUGAUGCAGGAGCCAGCGUCCCGCAAGCGCUCGUGAUGAAGAGGGAUCUGGCUCUGAUCGGCCUGGCCUUCCUGUGGCUGCUUCCGGCCGGACGUCCUCAGCAGACGGCCGAAGAGGCCUGCUCCCUGCACAUUCUCGUCCCAGGCCUCAAAGGGGACGCUGGAGAGAAGGGAGACAAAGGUGCGCCGGGACGGCCUGGGAGAGUCGGCCCCGCAGGAGAGAAAGGAGACAUGGGUGACAAAGGACAGAAGGGCAGUGUGGGUCGCCAUGGAAAAAUUGGUCCCAUUGGUUCUAAAGGUGAAAAAGGAGAUUCUGGUGACAUAGGACCCCCUGGCCCUAAUGGAGAACCAGGCAUCCCGUGUGAGUGCAGCCAGCUGAGGAAGGCCAUCGGCGAGAUGGACAACCAGGUCACCCAGCUGACGACGGAGCUAAAAUUCAUCAAGAAUGCUGUCGCCGGCGUGCGCGAGACGGACAGUAAGAUCUACCUGCUCGUGAAGGAGGAGAAGAGGUACGUGGACGCGCAGCUGUCCUGCCAGGGCCGCGGGGGCACGCUGGGCAUGCCCAAGGACGAGGCCGCCAACGGCCUGAUGGCCGCCUACAUCACGCAGGCCGGCCUGGCCCGCGUCUUCAUCGGCAUCAACGACCUGGAGAGGGAGGGCACGUUCGUGUACUCGGACCGCUCCCCCAUGCAGACCUUCAACAAGUGGCGCAGCGGCGAGCCCAACAACGCCUACGACGAGGAGGACUGCGUGGAGAUGGUGGCCUCGGGCGGCUGGAACGACGUGGCCUGCCACGUCACCAUGCACUUCCUGUGCGAGUUCGACAAGGAGCACGUGUGAGCGGGCGGCCUCGGGGUGACCGGCCCCCCGCGCCCCGGGCCGCCCCUGCCACCUGCGCGGGCGGCCUCCCGCCGGGCCGCGUUCCUGGGCCGCCGACGGCGGCGGCGGGCGCUCGGGAGGAGAGACAGCGUUUCCGGGCGUGACUGCCGAAGAAGCCAGGUUUUGCCACUCGUCCGGUAGCCACAUGCUCAUUAGGGAGUUCUUAGUCAGAGUCGCGCUUGCCUUUGUCCAAACUAUAGAAUAAAAGCUUGAAAUGUGGCUGGAGUCGAGUACAAACAAUGGUAGCGGGGGCUUCAGGGACCAUCUCCCUUUUAAUUUCUGCGUGAGAAGAACCCACGUCACUUUGGCCAAUGCUUCUGUAAAUUACAUUAAAACGCACGUUCCUCUUCACUGUUGUGUGAGUAGGGACAUUUUGCUCGGGGCAGGCGCAGAUCGCCCGGGCGUCUCGUGACGGCAACGUUAAGGAUCUCACGGUUCCCGUGGAUCUGGACUUCCUUUGGGCUCAGC